CGGCUUGUGGGAGCGGCACCUGCCCGGCACCACGCCGUCGAUCUGCGUUGCCCCUUCCGUCAGCCGCCCCACCUACUUCUCCACUUCUGCAAAAGAUGCCUCGCUAUGAGCUGGCUUUGAUCCUAAAAGCCAUGCAGAGGGGUUGGUACUGUAGGCCUCACUAGACUUAGCUGCAACUAAGAAUUUCUCCUACAUCAACCAAGUUAAUGGUGAUGCUCUUGUGGAUUGGCGAAUAAAAGUGCGUGCUAAAUAUUUCAGAAGCGCAGAAUACAAUUUUUCUUCUCAAAGUUGUACCACAACCACUACCAUCAAGAUAGCAAACCAAUGGACAAAGAAUUUGAUCCACAGUAUUUGUAAAACUAAAGAUUUGUUUUGCUAAAGCUUGAGGUCUGUGACCCGGACACCAGCUUUUGGAAGCUCCUUUGUUUACAGAAAUGAGGGCGGCUUUGGAACCAGCAGACAUUGCCAUUGUAGCACUGUAUUUUGUGCUUGUGCUGUGCAUAGGCUUUUUUGCCAUGUGGAAAUCCAAUCGAAGCACUAUAAGUGGGUACUUCCUGGCAGGACGAUCUAUGACAUGGAUGGCAAUUGGUGCUUCCUUGUUUGUGAGCAACAUUGGGAGUGAACACUUCAUUGGGCUUGCAGGAUCUGGAGCAGCAAGCGGAUUUGCCGUGGGGGCAUGGGAACUCAAUGCCUUACUGGUUUUGCAACUCUUAGGGUGGAUCUUUGUUCCGGUUUACAUACAUUCUGGAAUAUACACCAUGCCUGGAUACUUAUCCAAACGUUUUGGAGGGCAUAGAAUUCAAGUAUACUUUGCCAUGUUGUCUCUAAUUCUGUAUAUCUUCACCAAGCUUUCAGUGGAUUUGUAUUCAGGUGCAUUGUUUAUUCAAGAAUCACUAGGCUGGAAUAUUUAUUUGUCGGUAAUACUGCUGAUUGGAAUGACUGCACUGCUGACUGUGACUGGGGGUCUUGUGGCAGUAAUCUACACAGACACUAUUCAAGCUUUGCUUAUGAUUAUUGGUGCCCUCACCCUUAUGAUUAUAAGUAUGGUAGAAGUUGGUGGAUUUGAAGAGAUGAAAAGAAAGUACAUGUUGGCAAAACCAAAUGUUACAUCAAUCUUGUUGACUUACAACCUUUCCAAUACAAAUUCCUGUCAUGUUGAUCCAAAGCCUGAUUCACUGAGAAUGUUACGUGAACCAACAGAUGAAGAUGUCCCGUGGCCUGGUUUCCUUUUUGGACAGACACCAGCUUCUGUUUGGUACUGGUGUGCAGACCAAGUCAUCGUUCAGCGGGUUUUAGCAGCAAAAAACAUUGCUCAUGCCAAAGGAUCCACCCUAAUGGCAGGUUUCUUAAAGCUUCUGCCUAUGUUCCUUAUAGUUAUUCCAGGUAUGAUUUCAAGAAUACUGUUUGCAGAUGAUCUUGCGUGUAUCAAUCCAGAACAUUGCAUGCAGGUUUGUGGAAGCAGAGCAGGAUGUUCUAAUAUUGCCUAUCCACGUUUGGUAAUGAAACUUGUUCCUGUUGGCCUGCGAGGCCUCAUGAUGGCUGUAAUGAUUGCUGCACUGAUGAGUGAUUUGGAUUCUAUCUUUAAUAGUGCCAGUACCAUAUUCACACUUGAUAUCUACAAGCUCCUCAUACGGAAGACUGCAUCGUCUAGAGAACUGAUGAUUGUUGGAAGAGUUUUUGUUGCUUUCAUGGUGGUAACAAGCAUUGCCUGGGUCCCAAUUAUAGUGGAAAUGCAAGGAGGUCAGAUGUAUCUCUACAUACAAGAGGUAGCAGACUAUCUGACUCCGCCAGUGGCUGCUAUUUUUCUCUUUGGUGUAUUUUGGAAGCGUUGCAAUGAGCAGGGGGCCUUCUUUGGUGGAAUGGUUGGAUUUGCAUUGGGAGCUGUGCGACUUAUACUGGCAUUUAUCUAUCGUGUUCCUGAGUGUGACCAGGCAGACACAAGACCAUACUUUAUCAAAAGUAUCCAUUACAUGUAUGUUGCUACCGCACUGUUUUGGAUCACUGGAAUUAUUGUAAUAGUAGUAAGCUUGCUUACACCGCCACCUUCAAAAGAGCAAAUUCGGACGACAACAUUUUGGUCUAUGAAAAGCAGGACCGUAAAGGAAAGCACUUCAGCAGGCAGUUCAUUCAAAGCACAAGGGAAGACCAUCUUAAAAUACAGCGACCCUUCCAAUCAUAUCACUUCAAAUGGGAAAUCUGAAGAAAAUAUUAAAAAUGAUCAGCCUGAAAAUGUCAAUCUCUUAAUUACGAGCAGAGAUGAGAGCAAUCCAGUGAUAUCUUUAAGCAACUCUGAAGUUGAGACUCCAGUUGAUAGUUAUUCUAAUGGACAGGCAGCUCUUAUGGGUAAAGAGAAGACCGGAGAAGAGACUGAAAGUAGUGACAAACCCUGGAAAUUCAUAGAUUGGUUCUGUGGCUUUAAAAGCAAAAACAUGAACAGUCCAGUCAAAGAUAAGGGGGAAGAAGAGGCUAUUUGUCUACAAAUGCUGGAAGAGACUCCAAAAGUUAAAUUAAUACUAAACAGUGGACUAUUUUGUGUGUGUUCAGUUGGAAUAUUCAUGUUUGUUUAUUUCUCUCUGUGAACAAAUGAUGGAUUUUAUUUGGUCAGACAUACAGAAGUAGAAAUAGAGGUCCUUGGAGAAAUAUUUGUGUGUGUGUGUGUGUGUGUGUGUGUGUGUGUGUGUGUCUUAGUCUUAUAUCUCAGGAUUCCUUUAUGCUUUUAUCGUCAGCCAAAUUAUUUUUCAACUAUUUUGAAAAUCAUUAGACUUUUUAUAUGUUAGCAUUUCUGUUUUAAUGUAAAAUGUUUGUGGGAUUAAGUGCAGUACUAAAUGUUGGGUUUUUGUAUACCAAAGUAAAAGAUAAAUCUGUGUUGAGAGGUAAAAAUAUUAAAGCACUCUCAGAGGUCCAGCAAAAGUGAAAAUAGUGUUAUAGUUUAAAGGAGCAAAACUACAUUUUGAAGAGCAUUCCAGAGUAUUUUUGAGUGUCAGAAGAUGUUUUCUUUUUGGAAUCCUAAUCAAGUAACUGUGAUUUCUCCCUAUAUUAUUAAAACAUCAGAUCUAUGUUCCUAACAACAAAAAGAAAAAACAAACAGAAGUAUUCUAAUUAAAUGUUACGUGAUUGCUGAAAUUUUGCAUUGCUGAAUCUAUAAUUCCCUUUUUUGCUUUGUAGAUAAAACCACAUAUUUUAAAACACUUCAGUCUUGCUAGCUGUUAGAAACCAGAAUAUACAAAUAAAAACAGAAGAUACAACUAAAUUCUACUCAGAGAUACCCAUUGAAAUCACUUGAUUUUUUAAAAAAGUUGAAUAUUGCCUAUUAGCCUUCAAGUGGAUAAGGGAGUCUGACUUGCAUAUUCUCUUCACAAAAACAAAUACUCAGAAUAUAUCUGAAUUUUCUUGUGCUUGAAUUUUGCACGUUAAAAAUAAUUACAAUUGCUCCCCACAGUGCAUGCUGCAAGAGGAAAUAUCCUAGCGCCGCUUCACAAAGCCAGCUUCUUUAUUUGUUGUGUAGUGAUCUGUCUGAAACAGUUCACAAUUGGAUAUGGAAGCAACAAAUAGCACAAGCCCUCGAUGAGGAUGAUGAGUCUGUACAAAAUUAGGCAAAACAAUAUUCCAAACUUUUAAAAACUGGUUUCAUUUUUGUUAGGCUGAGUAGGAACAGAGAGGGAGAAUUACACUGCUUCGCUUUUUGGCUUAAAAAAAACGAAACAUCUCCACCUACUGGUUCCAAUAUAUGUGUAGGCUGUGUGUUGAGGCUACAUAUCUCCUACAGAUACUUUGAGAAGUGUAGUGUAGUGUAGUAAGGCUCUGGUAAUGAAAGCAGAAAUGAUUUUAAUGGGGUUAUUCCAGCACAUCCAUGGAUUCUUGGCAACAGUAAUAUUUUACUUCAGUACACAGGCAAGCAUAUGCACUGUUCCUUGUCCUCCCCUCUACCCCCCACUCCCCCCCCCCAAGCUUAGAGUACAACACUAGAGAAGAACUCCCAGUUUGGUGGCGGCUGCUGCUGUAGCAGGAAAGACUGCCCUGUCCCAAAUCCUGGUGCCUUGAAUGCUUGCAGAGCAGUGUGGAGAAGGACAGGGGAGCAUCCCUUCUGUAGCAUUGGCAGGUACAGGGUUGUGGGCCCAUAGAGGUGGGAACCAGCAAUUAAGAGCAAAUUUGGAGCUCUUAUUGAGAACUCUUUCCCAAAGUCAAUUGUAUUGCUAGCCGCGAUUAAAAAGGACCUAGUUUGUCCUAGGGUUCAAAGCUCCAGUUUAAUAAAAAGUGCAUUCCUGUAGUAGGGAAUGUAAUACUGAGAGCUGAGAUCCCAUGCUGAAUAUAUAUAUAUAUAUAUAUAUAUAUAUAUAUAUAUAUAUAUAUAUGCAAACUCUGUGCUUGUGCCUUGUAAAUGCAAGGUGUCCUGAAAUAGCUGAAAACAAUACUUUAUUCAGGGCUUCCCAAACUUGGAUCUCCAGCUGUUUGGGGAAGUACAGUUCCUAUCAUCUCUGACCACUGGUCCUGUUAGCUAGGGAUGAUGGGAGUUGUAAUCCCGACAACAGCUGGAGACCCAAGUUUGGGAAACGCUGUAUUUAAUAAAAUCAAUUUGGUAUCAUUUUCAGUUCUUUUCAGUUUCUCCCAUACUACCUAUCAGUAGAACAACUGGCUUACUAGGGUGACAAUUUGUACUAAAUGGUUGUAGACUAUGUAUAGAACAAAUGCAUAUAUUCUGAACUAUUGAUUUUAAGCUUGUAUAAAGCAACAUGCUGUUUAAAUGCACUACAGAGACUUUGGCUUGAACUUCCUCUGUUGAUGAUUAUUACAUGAAUUGAGACCUUGCUUGUGUACUGGGCCAAACGUUUAUUUAAACCAGUGGCCUUCCAGGGUCAAAUGAAAGGGGGUGAUGCAAGCUUUGAGAUGGCUGAGUACCAUCAUUGCUAAGUGCUAGAGGAGAGUUGCUAUUGGUGGCACUUGCAGAGAUGGUUGUUUUGAACGCAUUGCCAGUUGUCAUGUUGCAGGUGGACUAACUCGGAUUAAUUUGGCUCCCACUUUUCUUCCCUAAGAUGCCUUGUGUAAACUAAGCCAUUUUCUGGGCCUUACAGCCACAUUAAAAUAGCAAUGUCUAAUAUUCCCUUGGUCCCAAUCCCAAGUCAUUUAAUAUGUUUGCAGUAUUAUGAAUGUAAAUGGCAGAGUUUAUUGUGGAUCUAUUUUAAAUGGACUCAAUGCAAUACAACCAUAUUCCAAGUGAAAAUGCAGCACUUAAAACACCUAAAUAUUGAAUCACUUCACAAUUUUAACAAUAGUUAGAAAGCUUUGCCAAAGGCCACAGAAAAUUUUUACCUGCUAGUUAUCCACUUGGGCCUUCUUUUCUCUUUACCAAUGAUGCAUGGUUUGUGCAGAUAAAGAACUUACCAUAUUAUGUUUUCAUUUAGACAGCUGUAUAGCAACAUCUAAUGUUUUUUCAGCAUACACUUACCUCUCUUUACUUCCUGGCUCUCUUGGGAUUGUGUUGUUCUAAAACAGAGACUGCCUCUCACUUUAAGUUGUGCGAGAUAAGUGCUGCUGGUUAACCACAGCGGUUGGGAACCACAGUUGUUGGGAACAGUCUUAGGAUGAAACAUGUUUUAAGAGAACUCUGCUGGAUCAAACCAAGGGUUUCAUCUAGCAGUAGCCCAGUACCCAGCAUGCCAUUGGUUUGCCUUCUUGCUGUAUCUAGACUCUUAAGACUGGCUCCAAACCAAGCUAAAACAAACCAGUACAUCAAGCCAUGGAUAGCUUGAUUUGUUAACUCACGGGUUAGAUCUAACUAUAGUUCUUAAUCUGCCGAUCAUCAAUCUACAAAUGGCUGACAUUAAAUCUGCUCCCCUGAGGAAUAGCUCCAUUGAUCCUCUGUGACCAGCUCCAGUCCGGCUGGCAGCAGUCCUGAACACUCUCCAGAAAAUGGGCUUUGCUCCCCAAGCCCUUCUAAGUUUGGGCCAAGCAAAAGCCAUGGUCAGACAAAGACUCAUAGAUAUUGAGAGACAACAGGACUGCUCAUGAUGCCCUGAAUAUCAAAUUGGAGAAAUUGAGAGAUACAUAGCCGCUCCGGAUCCCUACCUCUCCUUUCUCUUAUCAAAAAACGCAAGAAGGUCUUAUACACUUGCCAGAAGUGCGGCCUUGCCCUCGCCUGUUUUGGAAGGAUCAUACAAAAAAACCCAUAGGCUCAAAGACUCUGUGCCUGCCCAUUGAGAGAAAUAGGAAGCCCAGAGCACCUUUUCUUCAGAUGCCCCUUCUAUGAAGAGGCAUGGAGGGAGAUCCUGGACACCAUACUGGUGAGGUCAGUAGGCCUCCUGAAAAGCAAAUAUAUGACCUGCUCCUGCUAGGCAAAGACAAGAAAAUAACCAGGAUGGUCGCCAGAUUCUGUGUCCAGAUAUGCAGACACAGACUUUUUCCUGAGAAUAACCAGCCCGUCUUAAUGUCCCAAAAUAUGGUUCCCUGAGCGAUCUAGGCCCAGUUCUCUGUGGCAGCUUUUUAAGGUUUAAGUUUUAAGUACUUUCAUGCGCAUUGCAUUUACAAAUAUCAAUUUUAUUGUUGUAUAAAGUGUCAUAUAUAUGUUAUGUUCCUUGGAACUGUUCUUCCAAAGGGAUUUUUAUAAGAGCUGGUCUUUGACCGUAAUAAAGUAUUCUAUUCUAUUCUAUUCUAUUCUAUUCUAUUCUAUUCUAACUAUAGUUCCAAGUUCAUACCCAAUAUGGGAUUGUUGUUUAUUUGUGUGUGGAGCAGAGGAAAAUGGGAGCAUGCAAGUCUUUUACUUGCUGUGGCUUGUUCAUCCUCCUCUUCCUCUUCCUCCCUUAUACUAGUAGAACCUGGGACUAUCCAGUAAAGCUGAAUGUUGGAAGACUAAGGAUAAACAAAAGAAAGUACUUUGUCACACAGUUAAACUAGUAUUUGCUUCCACAAGAUACAUUGAUGGACACCAACUUGGAUGACUUUAAAAGAAGAUUAGACAAAUGCAUGUAGAAUAAAGCUGUGUUUGGCCUCCAAUGUCAGUGGCAGUGUGCCUCUGCUUAUAUAAUUGCUGGAAAGAACAAAUGGGGGAGAGGUGGAGCACUCAGGUCAUGCUUGCAAGUUCCCCAGAGACAUUGGUUGGCUGCUGUUAGAACAGCAUGCUGGACUAAAUGGACUUUUGAUCUGAUGCAGCAUGGCUGCUGUUACGUUAACCUGUUUGACCCAACCUGGUACCUUCCAGAUGUUGGGGUCUACAGUUUACAUAUUCCCUAAGCAUUGGCCAUGCUGCCUUGGGCUUUUUGAAGUUAUAGUCUGCAACUGGAGGGCACCAGGUUGAGGUGGGUUGAACCAAAGCUGGAUUGUUUGAAUCCAGCUAUUCAUUGAUGGGCAUGCUCUUGGACUAGAACCUGGAAACCUAAGUGUAACCUAGAACCUGGGAACCUAAGUGUAACUUAGAUUAUGUGACUUCCUGAUUGAGUGAGUCCUCCUUUGUUGUAAGAACCAUGGACUGAGUUUUCCAUAUUUCUUUUCCUACCUAACAUUCCAUUUAGAAUAUUUUGUAACUGGUUUCUGUUUAAACUAAGAAAGUAAAUGUGUAAUAGUGCCUUUUGGUAGCAGAAUAUAACCUUGUUAGGUUAGUGCAACAUUAUAUUUUUCUAAAUCUUUCUCUUGUAUGUCUUUCUAGUCAUGACUAGAAAUUUAUUUAAACAGCAGGUCGUAGCCUAAAUUACUCAUUAAUGGCUAUUCUGUGUAAUGAUCUGUUUUGCUUUAAAACAUGUGGGGAACCUGUGACCCGCUAGAUACUAGUGGCCAUUGAUCAGGGAGGAUGGGAGUUGCAUUGGAUGGCCACAGCUUCCCCCUUGCUGCUUUAAAAGAACACCCAGUAUGUAGAACAAGAAAUCUCUAAAGAAUAAAAAUGUUUGCUAUUUAUCUCUGGAUUUCUGCAUGUUAUAUUAUAUAGCCCUCUGAUGCAUAACUGUAGCAAUGUAUACAAGAAAAAUUAGUCUCAUCACCAUGUCUUUAGAGGCUACGUAAAGUAGGGCAUUUGUUGUCGUUUUGUCGUGUCCGACUCUCCGUGACCCCAUGGACCAUAGCACGCCAGGGCAUAAGUAGGGCAUAAGCAGACCCUUUUAGCAGUUCAUAGAAUCAUACAGUUGGAAGGGACUCCAACCCCCUGCAAUGCAGGAAUCUCAACUAAAGCACCCAUGACAGAUGCACAUCCAGCCGCUGCUUAAAAACCUCCAAUGAAGGAGAGUCCACCAUCUUCCGAGGGAGUCCAUUCCACUGUCGAACAGCUUUUGCCGUUAGAAAGUAGUCCGAAUAUCCUUUCUUGUAACUUAAAAGCCAUUGGUUUGGGCCCUACCCUCCAGAGCAGGUGAAACGUGGGAAUCUGUUUUAAUAGCAUUUGAAAUUAACACAAUGAGCAUUCUUAAACUGCUGUAAUAUCCAUAGCUGCCAAGUUAUCCCUUUUUUUAAGGGAUAUUCCAUUAUGCUGAAUAGGCUUCCUCGCGAGAAAAGGGAAAACUUGGCAGCUAUGGUAAUAUCGCCUGCUCUUUCUCUAUUUAGCAGAACUCUAGCUUUGAUCCUCUGAACUCCAGUGGAUUUUGUUUGUUUCAUUCUAUGUUGAAUAUACCUUUUAUCAGUCUGGAGGUUUGUGGUGUAGACAGAAGGGAACUUUAUUUGUUGUGUCAUACAGUUGGGUGUGUGUUUUCUUGUGGGGGAGGGUAUUUCCCAUUGAUCAAUACUACUUUAUAGGACCUAAAACUUUUGGCCUCUAUCAGUGGCUAUAGCGCUGCAUUCUGGAAAUAGGCAAGCAUUCCAGUGGUGGGCUUAGUUGUUUGUGUGAACAUCAUUCUGGGUGUCUGGAAAUUUAUUGCCUUACUUGUGAACAUGACACUUAACCAAGCCCUACUUUAGAUACCCACAUAUUUUCAUGAAUUUAAAAUGGUGGUUUUUAAACGUUCAUUUGCUUAUUUAAGCCAACAGAAGCAUUGGUCAGAAAACUGUACGUGGGCCUUAUUUUUGCAUGGUUUUCAGGAAAAGCGUAGCUUCUGUUUUGGCAAGUGUUUUUAAUUUCCUUUUGUCACCAUCUAGAAGUGACAAAAGACUAAAUGAAUGUGUGCUAUCCAUUCCCCCUUCUCCUCUGCUUUCCAUCAAUCACCUGAAAAGUACAAUAGCUUACUGGGAAAGGAACAGGCUAACAAUUAAAUAUGAAAUGUAAACAGAAAAAUGUGCUUAGAUUAAUUUUACAGCUUUAUUUUUAAAUCAUUGUCAUAAGGCAAAUGAAAGUCUAUUGGGUUUGUUUCAUUCUCACCCACCCCUAUAAAGUAUAUACCGUAUAUUGAAUUCACAAACCUAGUAUUUUAA